CUACGUUAGCACAGCUCAAGGAAAACAACAGACUCGUUUCAGUUCGUUUCCCGUUGGCAUUAGCAGAUAACAACGUAGCCACGGACAAACUGAACGUGUCAAAAUGUUAAAUUAAGGAAAUCGUGUACUUCUGGUUAAUUCUAUCUUUGUUUUGGCGUUAGCGUACGCCGAAGACAGACCUAAUCGGAGCCGUUUACGCGCUGUUAGCCGCCGAGCUGCAAGCUAACUGUAGCUAACAUCGGCGGACCAGAAGAGAAAGAUGGGGUCCAUCCUGAGUCGCAGAAUCGCUGGUGUUGAGGAUAUCGAUAUCCAGGCCAACUCGGCCUAUCGAUUUCCACCAAAAUCUGGGAAUUAUUUUGCGAGCCACUUCUUCAUGGGAGGAGAGAAAUUCGACACGCCGCAUCCAGAGGGAUACCUUUUUGGAGAAAACAUGGACCUGAAUUUUCUUGGAAAUAGGCCAGUGCAGUUUCCAUAUGUGACGCCUGCACCCCACGAGCCUGUGAAAACCCUGAGGAGUCUGGUCAACAUUAGAAAGGACUCUCUGCGUUUGGUCAGGUAUAAAGAUGACUCUGACACACCGGUGGAGGACGGUGGAAAACCAAAGGUUCAGUAUGGCGUGGAGUUCACCUUUGACGCUGAUGCUCGGGUGGCCAUCACCCUCUACUGCCAAGCAUUUGAGGAGUUCUCCAACGGGAUGGCUGUGUACAGCCCAAAGAAUCCAUCACUGGUCUCUGAAACUGUGCAUUAUAAGCGAGGGGUGAGCCAGCAGUUCUCCAUGCCAUCUUUCAAAAUAGAUUUCAGCGAGUGGAAAGAGGAAGAUCUCAACUUUGAUCUCGACCGGGGAGUGUUUCCCAUGGUCAUCCAAGCUGUGGUGGAUGAAGGGGACGAUUGCCUUGGACAUGCUCACGUACUUUUGGCAGCUUUUGAAAGACAUGUUGAUGGCAGUUUCUCUGUCAAGCCUCUGAAGCAGAAACAGAUUGUGGACCGUGUGAGCUACCUCUUACAGGAGAUCUAUGGGAUUGAGAACAAGAACAACCAAGAAACCAAGCCAUCGGAUGAUGAGAACAGUGACAACAGCAACGAGUGUGUUGUCUGUCUGUCUGACCUGCGAGAUACACUCAUCCUGCCUUGCAGACAUCUGUGUCUCUGCAACUCCUGUGCAGACACUCUGCGUUACCAGGCCAAUAACUGUCCCAUCUGCAGGCUGCCCUUCAGAGCCUUGCUGCAGAUCAGAGCUGUGAGGAAAAAGCCUGGUGCUCUUUCCCCCGUGUCUUUCAGCCCCGUUCUGGCUCAGACUAUGGACCAUGACGAGCACUCAAGCACAGACUCGGUUCCUCCCGGCUUUGAGCCCAUCUCACUGUUGGAGGCUCUGAAUGGUCUGCGGUCAGUGUCUCCUGCCAUCCCAUCUGCCCCCCUCUAUGACGAAAUCAACUUCUCAGGGGGUCUGGGAGGUGACAGCAGACAACUGAGCUCCCCAGAGCAUUUAAGUGAUGGGGGUCUGCAGAAAGGCAAAGUCAGCAAGUCACCUGACAGCACCCUUAGGUCUCCAUCCUCUCCCAUCCAGGAGGAAGAUGAGGAGAAACUGUCUGAGAUGUCUGACGCUCAGCCACACACGAUGCUGUCAAGCAGCCCCGCCCCCACAGACGCCACAGCAACUGAGGACGUGGCAGAAUCCCUGUCUCCAGAUGAUGAGGACAGGAUGCAUUCUGGAGAAGACAUCCUGCAGGACUGCAGCAGUGAACACAGCAGCUUGACCAAAACAGAGAGCGACCCACCAGGUGACUUGUCGCUGCCAGGGUCAUCAGAGUCAACAGAAAGCCUGAAGAGUCAGAGCACAAACUGCUCCAGCCAGCCUCUCCUGUGUCCCACGAGCAGCCUUCAUAUGGAGGAUGAGCACCUCAACCCCUGACUCUGAUCCAGCUUUUCCCCUCAUAUCCAUCAGAACAGAUUAAUGCUUUGCAAAGAUCACUCAGUCCCCCUAUUCCUUUUACCCUUCAGCCCAGUCUUCUGCUUCUGCAAGCCGACGACAGCCCUGAAAGGAAGUCCACCAUGACGAGGGAGGACUGUGUUUAUGCCAUCAAUGUCUCCGACAGUAGAAAAGAAAUCUGACUCCGUUUGGUACCUUACUCUAUGACUGAUGUUUUUUCUUUUUGUUUUUUUAAAAAGAUUAUUGCUUCCCAAACUUUGAAUUAACUGUCAGAUGGUGUUCAGUCGUGUGUCUUGGCCACAGUCGUGGUCUAGUAAUGUGGAUUCCUGAGAUAUUUUCACUACUUGUCAUGGUGGAGCUUUUAAGCACACUUAACUUUAAAUUAACUCUGUAUCAAAUGCUUGACACUAAAUUGAGAAGAAUUUAUAAAUACAGUUUGUAUUUAGAUAUUGUAUUCAUCAGUGAAAUACAUGAAUGACUUGAGGACUUGUUUUCCAGUCAGGUUGAUUUGGGUUAUGAACAGAAAUUCAUUAGAAAACAUAUUACUUGUGUAUCUGUGUGUCCAUUUGAAGUGAUUUUGCACUCCAACAAAAUUGUUUAUAAUCCAUUCCUUAUUACAAGAGUUUAUGAUGAGAUUUUGUUAAAUUGUAUGCAGUCUUAAACAUCUACCUGUCACUUUUUUAUUAUUUCAAAUGAUGUGAUAUCUGUGUCAUGACUGUACUAGAAUCCUGUGUAGUUACUUCCCAAAUCGAUACCAAUAUGUACACUUGCAUCUUACAUAGAAAAAAAAAAAUCCUGAUAUUGAAGUAAUGGAGCUAGAUUCAGCUAACGUGCACAUUAUUUAAGACUUGGAUAAUCGAUAAGAGCUACAGAUUCACAUCCUUACAGCUGAACUCAAAGAUAGCUAAAGCCUGCAACAAGCAUAGAUGCUCCAGCUACAUGUAUGCUGACUCAGUAUGACACAGUAAGUGUGCUUGUCGUAGAUGUGGCACAUCUCUGUACAGUCUUUUUGUGGCAUUACCAGUGUCUGCUUAUGUGAUGUAGCUGCAAAAAAAAGGGGGUCAGGUGUUUGUCUGGCUGCAACGCCUUUACUUACCUUGGUCCUGUAUGUGUAGCGCCAUGCAUAUAGAUCUAUGUGCCUUGAAUUGAUAUGGCUGCCUGCUUGUUGCAUUGGACAUUAGUGUUCUUAUAAAUGCUACAAUAUACAAGUUUUCAGCCCGUAGACAGGAUUUUUGAUGCUGAUGUACAGAGCCUUUUUUUUCUAUCGCAAACUUCAUGCUACUGGAAAAAUGUAUCUUGUUAUUGUUAUUGCAAUAUUCAAUUGAACUGUUCAUUUACUAUGUUAUGGCCAUGUAUCAAUUAUGCAUUUAAUCUUAGUAUAUUGGUUCAAGGUGGGUUCUCUUAUUGUAAGUUUGAUUGGAAGGAGCACAUCCAAUGCAAUAAAUGCAGAUAUUGCAGUUAAAUAAUUGGGCUAGCAUUUGCAUGUGAAUUUAUAAAGGCUUAAACCUCACACUGCUUUUAAGUAACAUGGAUAUUUUGUCUUUUCCCCCUCCUUUUCUGUGCAUUUCAACUUGACACUGUGCCUUCCUGUUCCUGUUCUGACCACUAUUGACCUGGUAUCCAGGAUAACUCCACAGUAGGUGGUUUGUGGCUCUCUGUAAAAUCAAUACCUGUCUUUCCUCGUGUGUAUAGCAGCAUGUGUAUAACAAUAAAGAACAAAGAUUCAA